AUGCACAAAAGAGCAAUGGAAAGCUUUAGUUUGAAAUACCAGGAAAAAUUAUUAUUAAUAAGCUACCUAAUCAAAAAUUUAAAGCAUUUCCCUGCCUUGUUGGAAACAUUUCUCAUUCCCCUAACCAUCAACUUGGUUUUCAUCAUUAUUGUUGAUACAAAUGUGAAUAAAAAUAACAAAGAAACUCAAACUCAAGACAAUGUGGGUGUAGAAAGCAGAGGAAAUUUUCUUUCUUAUUUUAAUGUCAUCUUUUCCGAUUCACACUUCAAAGUUGCUGACAAUAAGAAUAUAAAACACUUUGCUCAUCUUGCACAAUUUCAAUUAUAA